GUCGGUUGUAGUAUCCGUCUUUUAACUAUUGCCUUUUUGCUUUCAUGCUCAGUCUUGUUUUAUUCGCAUGGUAAUCUCAGCUUGAUUCGCUUCGUCAGAAUAUUAAUAGCAUCAAGUCUCCUCAAGUAAUCCACCCGAAACGGACAACUGACGUCUUCCUGCCCGGCCCGAUCUCCGCCCCGCCCGACCUCCAGCGCGGCCCCGCCGCCGCCGCGUCAAGCUGUUGUCACGAGACGAUCCCCGUAAUCCAAGGCUGACUCCGAUUUCCCCUGAUCUGUCACCUUUCUGAUAUUCUAUCGAUUGUCUCUCUGAUUCUGCUACAUUCGUGGUGCGUUUCAACCUUACGUUUCUCCCUUAUCAGGUCACAUCCCGCCAAUUCUCAACACCGUGCGGUCCCGACGACCCCUCACCCCACGUUCCAUUCCAAGCGCCCGCCACAGAAAUCACCCCCGCCACUGCGAGUCGGUCGUGAAGAAGUCACAAUGAGUCAAAAGAGAAUCGCAAAAGAACUGGCCGAGCUCGUCGAGUCGCCCCCGGAAGGCAUCAAAGUGGAAUUGGCAGACGAGUCCGAUCUCUACCAGUGGAACGUCUACAUGGAAGGGCCAGAGGGGUCUCCAUUCCAGAAUGGAAAAUUCCUCGUCAAGUUGAAACUCCCCACCGAGUACCCGUUCAAGCCGCCCGCCGUAUCGUUCGGAACGAAGAUCUACCACCCCAACGUGACGAACGAUGAUAAGGGGAGCAUGUGUCUGGGGAUGCUGCGGCCCGACGAGUGGAAGCCAAGCUCGAAGAUAGCUGCCGUGCUGCAGUUCGCGCGACAACUGCUCGUGGAGCCCAUGCCGGACGAUGCGGUGGAGGGCCGCAUCGCGGAGCAGUACAAGAAUGACCGCGCUCGGUAUGAUGAGCUUGCGAAGGAGUGGACGAGAAAGUACGCGACGGCGUAAAGUGGGUGUUGUUGGCUGUUCGUGAUGCGGUUGGGUUCAUGAGAAUCGAUCCGUUAAAGUCUUCUUGUGUUUGGAUGGGGGACAAAAGGAAAGGGUAGAGAAACCCGACUCCUCACGUCCAGUGUUACCUCUCUUGACGACGAAGAUUCCAAUGGAUACUGAUCGCAUGUGGGUUACUUGGUACAUGAUACAACGCGAUGGACUAUGUUAUUUUUACCUUUUUUGUCUUUUGUUUUCCUUUUUACAUUCCCUCUGUACAGCUAGGGGAAUUGGCCCAAGAGAAUAGAGCAAGAUGAAUUCGAAUGACUCCUUUAUGACGGGUGCGCAGAUAUAUACAUAUGCCUGUCACCUGGAUAUAU